AAAUAUAUGUAUUUUCGUUUUCGCCGAUUUUUCGCAAAAUUUAUUUCGGAAUAAUAAACCAGACAAUAUGGUAAUGUAAAAAGGUUGUAGAUAAUCAAAAUAGUCGGCUAAGUUAAUGACAUUUGUAGUGCCAACAUACCUAAAUUGGGCCGAUAUUAUUUCAACCGAAUCAUCAUUUUAACCUUAUCGCUAAUCGUGUGACAACUAAAAGUGUGAUGAACAACAAACGAACUACACAAGUUCUACUAUAAAAAAAAACUUAUGUUGCAUGGAUAGAGCUACCGAAGAAGAAAGUUCGAUAGAGCAUCAUGUACAACACGGCUGACUGAUUAUAUAAAUAUUUCAAUUUAUUGAGCAAUCUGUAAAAAAAUAAACAAUACAAACGAAGGAAAGAUGGAUAAAAAUAGCGCUACACAGCUCAGUAAUUUGCCCGAUGACCAUUUGUAUUCGGUCUAUCAAUAUAUUACGGGAUUUGAAAAUAUGACUGAAAAGGAACUGAGGAAACCAAUCCUACGACCUGGUCUACACGAUACGUAUUUUUUGUUCAUCAUACAAUAUGCAUUGCUAAGCAUAAUUGGAUCGUUUUCAAACAUAUGGAUCAUUUAUUACAUAAUUCGUCAUAGAUUAUAUCGAGACAAUACACAUGCAUUUUUCAUAAACUUGAGCCUGUGCCAUUUUAUGCAGUGUGCUUUCGUCGUCCCCAUCACAUUGGUAGUAAUCAUCGUCCACAAUUGGAUAUUGGGCCAGUUUAUGUGCUAUUUCGUACCUAUGUUGCAGGAUAUACCAUUACAUGCCGCGCUCCUAACACAUUUGUUGAUUGCUUGGGAUCGAAUGCGGUGGCUGAAUGAUCCCAUGAAUACACGUUUUCCAGCGUUCGUUUGCAGCUGUGCAACAUGGUUAACAGGAAUGAUCAUCGCAUUGCCUUAUCCAAUUUAUACAACUUAUUUGGACUUAGGAUUGUAUUUCCCCAAAUUCCACGAUGUCGGUAUUUGCGUGGUAAACUUGGUUGAUGAUAGUCAAGAAUACACACGCGGACUCUUCUUCUUGAUGUAUGUUGCUCCAUCCGCAAUAUUAGGUUAUUUGUAUUUUCACACUGCUAAGGAUCUAUACUCCCCAGAGUCUGAGUUGAGUGUGAUGAUGUAUGAACAUCGGGCGGAUAUCACAGCUAAUCAUCAUCAAAGACAUUCGACGACAUCUACACGUAGUGCAAGUUCUCGAACGCGAUACGAUAAAUAUGAUGCACAAGCAGAUGCAUCUCGUGAACAACGAACGCAGCUCUUAUUAGGAAUAAUAGCAGCGUGUGAAAUCUUAUUGGUUGGACCCCUCAUGGUUUUACGAUUUGCGCGACAGCAAAUGGAUGAAACGUAUGAAAAUUCUUCGCAUUUCGAUUUAACAUAUUUGAUGUUGGUUUGGGUGGCUUUUCUACCAACUAUUAUUUCUCCAAUUUUGUACUCAUUUUGGAUUAUCUCUGGGCCGACAAAAGAACGAAUUUGGCACUAUUUUCGCUUAUCGUCACGUCGUAGUGACAGUGAUAAUAAAUUGGAAUCGCAACGCUCAAUCGAAAAUUCAAUAACACAGGAAAAUUCGACCGAAAUAUUAGAUAUUGAAGCAAAAAUGCCACAUGCAUCGAAAUCCAAUUACAUGAAACCAACGAGUAAGAUAAAUUCAACCACGCAUUCAUCCGCAAACGCAUUGAAGCCGAAAAAAAGUGAGAAUCGUAUAAAUUCGAAAAAGACAAGUGCAAGAAACAAAAAUGUGCGUAUAGAUCUUAUUCGACCAGAGCAAACUGAAUUGAAUAAUUCAUGUUCGAAUAUAACAGCCAGCACUUACGCUAGUGGAAAUGAGGUGAGUGGCACAAGCAGUGGCAUCGCUAUAGAUUUUGAGAGCGGUGCUCAUAUUGAACAAAAAUUGAACAUCGAUCACGAGAGUGUAUGCAGCGGCACCAGCAACGAUCGAUUAUCUUCUCGCAGUCAUGACGUGCCAUCAGAAAGUGGCAACUUAUUGCUUCGACGUGAGUCGUCGAGUACAUAUGAAAGGGAUAUGGAUAUAAUUGAUUUACUAGAACGCGAACGCAGUAUGGAUUUGCAUGAAAUAAUUGAGCGUGAACGACAGACUGAACGUUAUCGAAGGAAAGUGUCAAAUACGCGAAGCAAUUCGGGAAUUGAACGACGAAAAUUGCCCGAUAUCACAAAAAUAACAGCACCGUCAAGUCCAAAGCGAUCCGAAAAAUCGACAAACUUUCCGAAUUUUGUUUUCACCCACCAAUUCAAUGAGUUUGCUGAGGCUCGAAGUAAUCGUAAUCGAGAUUCAAAUAGUGUCAGUUCCAAUACAUCGAAUCGAAGUCGAAAUAAUUCACAAACAUCAGUUGGUAAGAGGAACAGUGACGCUUACGCGUGGAAAGAUGAAGAAAAUACAAUUCGUAACGUAACGACACGUGCGAGAAGCAUUGAUUCAAGAAAAAGCUCUACCAAAUCAAUUCAUGAGAAUCGAAUGACUGGCGGUGGUAACAGCUUUACUUCUGCGACGUUUGCAAACAACUUGUAAUAUAAAGAUAAUGUUGAAAUUGAAAUUGAUUUAAUUAUACAUUUGUAAAGUUUAAAAUGGCUUAAACUAAACAGGAAACAACUGUUUCAAGCUAUAACUUCAUAAAUGAUGCCAACUAAUAAGAUUAAAAGUAUAAGCACUAUGUUAGACUGACUGUGGAGCACACACUGCAUGUAUAUAAAUAUGUCCGUUAGAUGAUGUGAGCAUUAGACUAAGCGAAAUAUGGUUGAACAUUUUCGUAAUCGUCUUUUUUGACACGAACUUUCAUCAAAAUUGAAAUAAUCGCACGAAGUUUAAAUAUAUUAUAUUUAGUUUUCACAUUUUGACAUGAAAUGUGUUUUAUGGCAGUAAAUUUCACGCUUUAGUUGAUGCAUUGUAUCUUAAUACUCAUUUAUUUUUGACACGUUCGCAAAACAUGUUACUACAAUUCAUGUUUUACUACGACGAACAACUACGCCACAACAGUAAAAUGUUCGUAUUUUCUAUUUUGAGGUAAAAUUGGUAUGUACACCAAAAUUCUACAAAAAUAUUCGUUUUUUUCUACUUUCAAGUAAUACAAAUUCUGUAUAGAACUCCAUUGAAUCUUACUUGUAGCACAAUAAACGAGACUAUGUUUUUGCAUGAUUUUUUUUUUUUUAAAGUAGAGCAUGUAUUUCGAGUGAUUUAGUGUCAUAUAAGCGAUUUAAUUUCAUUCUGUUGAAAAAAGGGAGUAUGUUUGAAAAUAUUUAAUAUAUUUGACAUUUUUAUCAGAAUUGCGCGCCAAUUUCAUUAACAUUAAUUCUGAUAUACAUAAAUGCAUAGUACUAUCUCAAAACAUCAUGCAAACGGGUGAGCGAAUGGAUUCUUUGGUGUUGCCAAGAGCACACAUUAACACCAAAAUAUCAGAGAGAGAGAGAGAGACGAUGUUCGCUAUCGUAACUUGUUCGUUUGCGUUAAUUUCUACCAAAAAAUUUCACAAUUUUCAUAGAAGCUCAUUUUUCAUUUCAUUUAAUAUGGACUAAAACUUACUCUCUCUUAUGACAAACUUGCUUAAAAAACAUGCUCUUUUUUGAACAUUUCAGGCCCAAAUACAUACUCUCCUCUUGAAAUAUUUUCAGAUAAAAAAUGACAAACUCUCCUAUCGUUAUUUUCGAUUUAGAUUUGUAUUUAAUUUUAUAUUAAAGAUGAAGCAUAAAAACUGAUAAAAAACCUGUACAGUCAGUAAAUCUAUUACAAUGAAUGAAACAUAACAAUCGUCACUUAUUUUAUUUUGAGGCUUCGUAGAAUAUACCAACGUAGUAUGAGGUACACGUGCGAAUGUUCUUUAUACAGA